UUGUGGGGGAAGGAAUCGGAAUCGGGGAUCUAGCGGGAACGUAGUACUUGUUCUAUGUUCUUAUUAAAGACAACGCGUUGUAUCAUCUUGCAGGCUUGAAGGAGUGAGAGGCGCAAGCCACCCUCAAUUAUUCCGUGCUGAAGUUUCAGCCAAAACAAAAUUAGAGAUAAAGUUAGUUUUUUGAACCUGCCCGGCGGAGUAGCCCGAGCCACGCCAGCCACCGGGGAGAGAGACAGACAGACAGGCACUGGCUUUCAGCAGGUACACUGAAGAAGGUGCGAGUUCUUGGAUUACCAAGUGGGGGUAACGGAGCUGCUCCCGAUCCCUCCGCCAAUCUUUCGCUUGUAUCAUUGCUUGUGGUGGGGAAUUUCGUGAUGUUUUGAAGUCCUGGGGAGGCGGGCGAACUCUGUCCAUGGAUGUGUCGGGGAGGAAUCGCUAGCUGCCAGAGACAUGGAAGUGGUUGACGAAACUGAAGCUUUGCAACGCUUUUUUGAAGACCAAGAGGUAGCCCAGUCCCGAAUGGCUUAUGCGGAUGGCCCCUUCAGACAUUACCACACAGGACAUGAAAUCAAUGGAGCUCUCGACACUUCCAACAUUGACACGAGUAUUCUGGAGGAGUACAUCAGCAAAGAAGACUCUUCUGAAAUCUGUUUUCCAGAGCUCCCAGUCUCCGUGAGUUAUUCCAACCCUCACGCAUUGGCCAAUGGUUCGGUGGGUCAUUCCAUUCCUGGCGCCAUUGUCAACAGCCCUUCCACCAGUGGAGUCAACCAUCUCUGUCAUGUGACCGUUGGCUCUAUUCCCAUGGCAACCAGGCAUGGAGGUCACAUGCCUAACCCUGCAUCAUGUGGCCCAGGCCUCAAUGGCCAUCUGAACUGCCCCUGCAGCAAUGGGAUGACCGUAAAAAGCUAUCCCAACAACAUUUGUAUGAACAGCAACACUACUGCUAUCAAAGUGGAACCAAAGCCCUCCUAUGCACCUGGCACUUUACCUGAAUCUCCUCCUGAUUCCGGAUCUGAGCCGUACUCCCCUCCACAGGCAAACGCAGAGUCCCACCUUCUCCGCACCAUGACACCUGAGCACCUGUGUCACAUGGCUCCUCCAUCUCGCCUGGACCAUCCUGCCACCACCCACCUACAGCCACCACACCCCCACACACUGCCCAACCCCCACUACCCCACCAUGCCGCGGGACAUGUACAUGAAGCCCGAGCCCAUGAUGACCCAGUAUCCAGUGGCAGGAAUGUCGCCAAAUGAGCUCCAUCAGGCCCAGCAGUCCCAGAUGCUUCACCAGCUACUACAGCACCACGGUUCAGAGGGCAUCCCUAUGCAUGCAGCCAAGAAGAGGAAACAUUCGGACUCGCCGCCAAAUACUUUAAACACUCAGAUGUUGAAUGGGAUAAUAAAACAGGAGCCAGGGUUGAUGCAAGACAACGACAGCCUAAAUGGUUCCUACCUGGACCCUAACUACCAAUGCAUUAAAUGGCAGCCACACCAGCAGAACAAAUGGAGCGCUCUGUGUGACGUAAAUUGCAAAGACUUACCUAAUCCAAGCUAUAGAGUGGACGCUGACAAAGGCUUUAACUUCUCUGUCCCUGACGAUGCCUUUGUUUGCCAGAAGAAGAACCACUUCCAGGUCACGGUGUACGUCGGCAUGAUGGGUGACCCCAAAUAUGUGAAGACAUCUGAGGGGCUCAAACCAAUCGAUUUCUUCUUCUUAAAAUUGCACGGAGUAAAGUUGGAGACAAUAAACCAGAGCAUCAACAUUGAGCAGUCACAGUCAGACCGCAGCAAGCGACCCUUCAAUCCCGUCACGAUUAACAUCCCUUCUGAUCAGGUCACAAAAGUCACUGUUGGAAGGUUACAUUUCAGUGAAACAACAGCUAACAACAUGAGAAAGAAGGGGAAACCCAAUCCUGACCAAAGGUACUUCAUGCUGGUGGUCACUCUUCAAGUUCAGACCCAGAAUCAGAAUCACCUUGUGGCUGCUCAAAUCUCUGAAAGAAUUAUUGUCCGGAACACGGCACAGGCGUCAAACCCUGGACAGUUUGAGAGCGACACAGAUGUCCUGUGGCAGCGUGGCCAACUUCCGGACACGGUCUUCCACCACGGUCGAGUGGGUAUUAACACAGACCGUCCUGAUGAAGCGCUGGUUGUCCAUGGCAACGUCAAGAUCAUGGGCUCAUUAAUGCACCCAUCAGAUGCUCGGGCAAAGGAGAACAUCCAAGAGGUGGACACCACAGAACAGUUGAGGAGGAUCACACAGAUGCGGCUCGUCCAGUAUCAGUACAAGCCAGAGUUUGCUGCCACAGCAGGCCUGGAGAAUGGUUCUCAGACAGGUGUCAUUGCACAAGAAGUGAAGGAAAUUCUGCCUGAGGCAGUGAAGGAGUCAGGGGAUGUGGUCUGUGCCAACGGAGUGACCAUUGAGAAUUUCCUGGUGGUUAACAAGGAACGGAUUUUCAUGGAGAAUGUAGGGGCAGUCAAGGAGCUUUGCAAACUAACUGACAACCUCGAGACACGGAUUAACGAACUGGAGACAUGGAGUCGGAAACUGGCCCGGUUAAAGCGUCUGGACAGCAUGAAGUCCACUGUCAGUGGGGGGACACUGAGCCAAUCGGGCAGCCAUUUUAGUCGGGCUGGAAGUGGGCAACAUAAGAAGAGGCAUCCAAAGAUUGGUGACAAGGCUCCAUCUAACCCAACAGAGCAAGGUUGCCUGAGCCAGAAGUUCCUGCAGGGCACCAUCAUUGCUCUGGUCAUCAUCAUGGCAUUCAGCGUAAUAUCCAUGUCCACUCUUUACGUGCUAAACUUGCGAAAUGAUGAUGAUGCAGAUGCUGAUGGACCUUUUGGAAAUGUAAAGCCAGAAGCAACCGCAGCAGAAAACCACUGGCCUACACCUCUGGGCAGGCAUCGGGCUGUUGGAGCACAACAUCCAGUUGCUGUACCUUCACCUGCUUCUCCUGCUUCCAGUUCCCAAUCCCUCCGUCCACUUAGUUUAUGCUACACUUCUCCAUGUGAAGUGUUGUGCUGCCCCCUUAACUCUACAAAGCCACCCACAAGUAGCAUCCUGCCAGUGACCACCAUCCCAUUGACCCCUUCUCCAGCUAGCACUAACCAUUCCACUGCUGAUCAGACUGGCCCGUCCUCCAGUAGCAACAUCAAAGCCAAAUCAUCAGUAAACGAGAAUCAGAAGGAGUAUAACAUGAGGCACAUGGCUCCCGGGGACGGGACUGGAGGCUCAAACAAUGACAGUCCACCACCGCAGGUCCCCAACAUCCACGGCAAAUCAAAGUUUCCUCCUCACUACACCAGCACACAGAAUAAACUACCUGGACUCCAGGCACGAAGCCAGAGAAGUGUCGAGCAGUCAGAUACUACCAACAGCAACAAAGACUGGCAGAACACCACCUUAUCUUCGAUCCACAUUGUGGAGACUGGUCUGGAGAUCACGGAGCAGUACUGUUCGACACAGGGAUCCUGCAGCUCAGGGAAUUACACCUACUCAAUCCCAGUCAGCAAGACCACAUCCGUGGAAACCACCAUCAUGAUGCAGAUGAAGACUGCUUCGCCUCUCGUUGUUUACCUGUGUAAUGUUAACUAUGGCAACUUAUGUGGAACUGUAUCAAAUACUGGCUUGAAAAUGGACAGAUCAACGACCCAGGGAACAACGCAUAACUGGCCACUGCUGGUCGGGCCGUACUAUGACGUCACCUAUCACUUCCGAGUGGCUGCUCCAAACCAGGCUACAUGCGGAAGAGAGAGCACGUCCAUGGGAGAUUCCUUCACACAGUACAGCUUCAAUUUCUACCGAAUCUGCAAUUGAGCAGGAAGGGGGGUUCCACGGUGAGAGAAACCACUUGUAUUCCUCUACAGAAGCUCCAUCGUCAAUGAGGAACCUUUCCUGGUCCAGGACAAUGUACUGCUCAGUCUGACCAAAGGAGACAUCGGUGUGAUUGAGAAGUUGUGCCACACACCAUGUAUCAACAGCCUGCACUUACCACUUCCUGCUGGAUCGGGAACCUUUACACUUUGAGUGAGAGACGGGGCUGGGGUGGGAUGAAGAAAAGAGAAAACGAUGAAAGAAAGAGAGGUGGGAGUGGGGGGGGGUGGAGGCGGAGAGGGAAAUGUUCUCUUUCCUACAAACAAAUUUUGGGGUUGCUUUUUCUGUGCGGGACAAACUAUUGUAAAAGGCACCAUUCAGUUUUUUUUUAAAGCCAGCAAAUGAUGGCUCAGACCAAAUAAGUCCUUGUGUGGGUUUUGAGUUUAAGAUUAAGACUGCAGCAUUAAAACCAAAUGUUCCCAGCUAUGCAAUAAAUAGGAUUAACAAUGCUGAGACAUUCGUAACCAGGUGAUGUCUUCAUUAACAUUCCUCGGUGCAACAAUCACAUAGAAUUUAGACAUUCCACAUUUUGUUGAUAAAAACAGCUCCUAUUGUAGCUGCCUGCUGUCGCUGCAUACGGGACACUAUAUUUACCCUGCACAAGGGAAGGGGGAAAAGUCAGUCAAAUAUUGCUAAAGCUGCUUGCUUUUCCAAAAUCCAUGUGUGGACAGGAUUAUAAUGGGUCAUAGCACUUUCUGUGGUAAAAUGGUUCUCAUGUGAAGAAUUCUCGCUUGAUUAUACUACUGGGGGGGGUUAUUGGUUACAGGAGCAAUGAAAUUCAACAGGAUUCAGCACCUCGGGGAGAUGCUGAUGAGGGGGAACUGGACAAAAGGAUAGUAUCAAUGUUGGCACAUUCAUGGGGACGUGGAUGUUAUCAAUGCAAUAGAUGCAUGUUACACAAUGGGAUAGAUACAUGUUAUCAAUCAAUGCAUAACAAUGGAAUGAGAUAAACUGAUCCUUUCUGGACAUGAGUAAACUGAUACAUUUGUACAACACUGAAUGAUCAUCUUAAACCUGGCCAGCAAUUAAAUUAAUGGAGAUAGUGGAAAAUGUCUGAACCAACUGCUAAUCUAUUCCUCAGGAAAAAAAACUAAUACUUUGGGUUACAAAGGAUAAAAGGUGAGAUCAUUUAAAUGCUUUCAUGCUUGAUCUAGUAAGUUGACCACUGCCACAUCUAUCUCUGAAGAUACUGGUACACUGUAAUAUUUGGAGCAUUAUAUAAAAUUGAUUAUAUUACCAUUGCAAUGCAUUGAUCCUGUGGUGUGUAUUAUGAGCUUCAAACCUCUAUUUUAUAUUACAUCACUCAUUUGAGUAUGUCAUUGAACAUAUAAUUAAUUCCAGUAUAUUGCCUUAAAAACACAGCAAAAAAAACUAAUUGUAUUAAAUUCCUGGAUAGAAACCCACCUCAAAUGUAGAAAUUGAAAAUGUUGGGGAUUCAGAAUCUGCAAGGAGAGUGGAUCUCAUAAAAUACAUCUCAUUCAGCACUUUGCUAAUAUUAUGGGGGUUCAAUCCUCCACGAAAGAUCAAUCAAAUUAAGAACUGGAUAGCAGAAAGGAGUUACACCUAAUAUUUUGCCUCCAGUAACCAGUUUCAAACUGAUUAAAUGAUAGUCUUAACCUACUGGCUGGAACAGUUCGACUUGUAGCAAGAUUGGGCAAUUGAAAUAUAAGGGCUUAAUAAACACAGCACAAGAUUGCCUCCAAUCAUUGCUAACUGGUUACAGGAUGAUUCCGUCAGCUAAAGGAAUAUUUUAUUGGAUGGCUAUAGAGAACAUUCCCAAAGUUGGGGCUGAGGUAUCUUGUUGAACAGGUUAGGAGAGCUUUAUUCUCAAAAUAUUCCUCGCCUUGGUUAUGAACUAUAAUGUUGAAACACUCCAAAACAAAUGUUUACAAUUUUAAUCUGAGCAAAUAUCCCUCAAGUAUUUUAGUGCUAGAGUUAGAGAAGGAUCUAGCUGUUGGAAAUCAUUACUCUAGGAAUUCAGAUAUAUCCUAACCUUCAUUGAAAUGCUGAUUUAUUCUGACAUUCAGUGAAACACCUUCUGAUCACCCUCCGGCCCUUGUGCUAAACAAAAUCAGCACUGUCUAGUGAAAUGUAAAAACAGAACUACAGGUGCUGGUUAACACACAAAAGGGCACAAAGUGCAGGAGUAACUCAUCAGGUCAGACAGCAUCUCUGGAGAACACGGAUAGAUGAUGUUUCAGGUCAAGACGCUUCUUCAGGAGGGUCUCCACCGGAAACAUCACUAAUCCAUGUUCUCCAGAGAUGCUGCCUGACGACCCGCUGAGUUACUCCAGCACUUUGUGCCCUUUUGGCUGAUGAAAUUUCUGAUCUUACCCAUGUUGCUCCCACUAUAUACCUUGUGCAGUAUCAUUGUAUGGGUUACAACCUCCCCUACAGUGUUUCAGCGAAGUACAAAUACCAAGGAUACUAUUACUGGCAGUGUGACAUACUGCAGUAUCAUUAACCACAAAUAUUUGGUAUAAAAUACAAAUUGCACUGCUCUAUUACCUAGAAGGUAUUUGAUAUUUCAGGACGUCUGAAAUGAUUUAUCAGAACAUGGGGCAGCACAGUGGCGCAGGGGUAGAGUUGCUGCUUUACAGAGCCAGAUACCUGGGUUCAAAUAUGACUAUGAGUGCUGCCUGUGGGGAGUUUAUAUGUUGUAUGUUAUCCCGCUUUCUCUUCCGCUUGUGUUUACUCCAGGUACUCCGGUGUCUUCCCACACUCCACUUGUAGGUUAAUUAGCUUCUGUAAAUUGUCCCUAGUGUGUAAGAUAGUGCUUCUUCUUCUUCUUCUUCUUGCGUAUGGUGUGCACAACCUAAAGUUGUAGGACAACUUGUUCUGUUUGAUCUUAUUUGAUUGUGCACGCCGGAUUGAUUGCAUUUGAUCGAAACAGGGCGGACCACGUGAAGGUUGCAAUCUUCCACCCCAAGAUAGUGCUAGUGUGCAGGGUGAUCGAUGGUCGGCGCGGACUCACUAGGCCGAAGGGCCUGUUUCCAUGCUGUAUCUCUGAAGUCUAAAUCUAACUGGAUCGUGGCUGACAAUAGUUCUCCUAAUAGUUCUCCUGUACUUUCCCUAAAUUGUAUUGCAAGCGGACUUACUUUAGCCAGAAUUGGAGCGGGUUAUAGGAUCAUAGAAAGUUCCAGCUCAAGAAGACUUUUUUGUUGCUAAUUGUGAGAUUAAAAUGUAACAAGCUAGCCGACAAACCUUACGUCCUGAAAAUGGGCUAUUUUGCUAAUUGUGAGAUUAAAAUGCAAUGAGAACGGUAAUUCACGCAGGCACGGUGAUUUGAGUGGAAGAGAAAGCGGGAUAACAUAGAACUAGUAUGAAUAGGUGAUCGGUGAUCGACAUGGACUCAGUGGGCCGAAGGACCUGUUUUCAUGUUGUAUCUCUAAACUUUAAACGUUUAAAAUACCACUUUAAAGAAUAGGCUCAAAGUGUUGUAAAAUACAGUUGUAUCAUAAUGUAUGAAUAUAGGGACUAUGUGUGACGGCCGCUUUUAGCUGUGGGACACGGACAUGAAGCUGUUUUGACCGGAUCUUUGUGCAACGGGUCUGUAAAGGAUACCGCGGGCGGGAAUGCCGAGCUAGUGCAGAACCCGCCAUGAAAGUGAGGAGUGGUGCUGUACUUGGCCAGAGGGAAAGGUUAGUUGGAGGCCCUGGUGACACAGCGAAUAGUCCACGGAGGGAAAGCACUCCAAAUCAUUUUGCACCACCCUCAAUUGCAACAGUAAACAGGUACUUCAAGUAUCGAGGGAGGGGAGGGGGAGAAAUGAGGAACUGGUUCUCCACCGAGCGUGCAUGCCUACUGACCCUUGAGGAUAGGAGAUAUCCUAUAAACCCUACGUCUUGUUCCCCAAUGUGCCAUAAAUCUCUCCGUCUGAACGAAUUUCCGGAUAAUCUGGGAUAUCUGAACCUUAACCGCCGUCUGGAAUGAUUGUUGUAAAUAUUCUCUCGUGUAAAUGGUAUUUUAAAAGCAAGGUCAUGUCUGUUAGGGAUGCAAUACCUCGCGAGAUACUGUAUCCGACCAGUGCAUAUAAUAUGACUGUUACUGAAUUAGACUGGAUUAUCUUUAUCUUUCCUUUGUUUGUAACAAAGAAUUUGUUAAUCCUUAUUUUAACUCGCUUUACCUGGGAGCUAGUGACUUGGUUGAGUGUGGGAAUGAGAGACCAAAAGGUGGCGCUUUCGAUUGUCCAGCUCGGCAGUAAGGAACUCUCAUUGAGAGUACGUGGCCCAGUACUUGCUCUCUCUCACUGACUCAGGGAAUGGCCGAUAGACAAGAGUCCGAUUCCUGGUUGCAGCCACCCGCUGAUUCUGCUGGACGAUGUUUCCGUGUAGACUUCAAUUGAAGACAGGGGCAGGCUUAGCUUCAACGCGUGAGAAUCGGGCAAGUAACUGGAUGUCAGGUCAACGAUCUGAUCAGUAAAAUGGAGACACAGGGAACUGCAGAUGCUGGAAUCUAGUGCAGAACACAAAGUGCUGGAGUAAAUCAGCGGGGCAGGCGGCAUAUGUGGAUGACGUGGAUAGGGGAGGUUUGGGGUCGAAACUCUUCCUCAGACUCACCCCACUGUCCCAUUGAAUGGAAGAUCUAUACGAUGCCUCCAGCACUUAACGCUGCGAAGGGUCCCGACCAGAAGUGUCACCUAUCCAUGUUCUCCAGAGAUGCUGCCUGACCCGCUGAGUUGUUAUUCCAUCACUUUGCGUUCUCCAACGAUUUGUUCAGCCGCUCCCAUUGAAUGGCAGGACAGAUUCAAGGCCUAGUGUCACUGUGAUCACGCCGCCCACCGGUACAAGAUCACCACCAAGAACUGGGCCCCAUCGAGGUGACUCCUGGUGAGAAGCUCUUGUGGCGCCUGUUCCCCACAUCACCACCCUUGCUCCACCACUUAAUGUUACGGUAGCUUUUACUGGCAGUGCCUGGGUUUCUACACUCGGGCAAGGUACUAAGCGGGCACAUGGUCUCCCUUCGUUACCAGUCCAGAAUCAAAUCUCAGGAGAGGAAUAAAAUUGAAGAGGAAACUGGAGACGCUCACAAUUAAUAAACAUCAAGGGUGUUGAUACUUUUUUUUAAAUCUAGAAAACUGGAUUGUAUCAAAUACGAGGUCAAUCGACUCCCAAGAAUAGGCUGUCAAGUCGGCACGAUUCCACUGCUUAACCUUAAUAACUGUAUCUUAAAAAAUAUAAAUUGCUAAAUAAAAAUAGCUCAAAGCUCCCUGUAAAUAUUAUGUAUUUUUAAUUGCCGUUGCAAUCAUUUCUUAAAGCACUAAUUUUUAUUUUAUUUUUACAAUCACUUGUUAAUCGUUGUAUGUACAUUAGCUUUUUUUUAUGUGUUAGGAUUCUUGUUUUAUUCUGCGGUGGGUUAAGUCUAAACGAGGCUUACAAAUACGUUUCUGCUAUUUUUAUUUUUAGCUUCAGUGUACUUGAGGUUCUUUGUGUUAUUGAAGAUAUAUUUAUUGUUCUGUUCUGAUGCCUUGACAGCUAACUGCUCUUGUUUAUCUGUAUUGUCCAGUUAGAAAUUGUAUGAAACUUUAGUACUAUGUCUCAACAGCAGGGAUGAAAUAAUAUUCGUAGCCAACAUUGAAUCGUCCACAAAUGUGAAAAUCCAUUCUCUUUCUCCCACGCCCAACAUCUUAAAUUCGAAAUCACUUUAAAAUGAUCAGGGUUCGUGUCUUAAAGGCACCGUUCUCGUGUUACCGUUUUAAAAGCGUCCCUUUAUCAUAAUAUAACCAAUUGAGAUGUAAUGUCAUUGCCCGCAUUAAUUGUAGCCCCAUUCAGUCUGAAAAUUGGAGUAAUGUACUGGAUUACCCGUGGUGUUACAUCGCGAGAACAAAGCUUCUUUUCAAGGAUUUAAAAAAAAAGCUGUGGUUAAUCUCGCCUCACAUCUGAUGAAUCGAAUCCGAUCUUGCAUAACGUGGCUAAUUCUUUGAUCUCUUCUGUUGCCAAAUUAGGAUUCGUACUUUUGACGAAACGUAUUACGACCGUUGAUUAUGUUCAUCUCUUACCAAAUAGUACUCGGCUGUCGAUAUGCAAUAAAUAUUGUUAACUCAAA